AUGGUGGAGGAGGAUAUUUAUGAAGACUGUAAGGAAAUGUACUUAAAUUCCCUGCGAGGGGAAUCUGGUGCCGGGAAGACUGAAAACACUAAGAAGGUUAUUCAAUACCUUGCUCAUGUUGCUUCCUCCCAUAAAGGAAGAAAGGACCAUAAUAUUCCUCCCGAAUCACCUAAACCCGUGAAACAUCAGGGGGAGCUGGAACGUCAGCUUCUUCAGGCGAAUCCCAUUCUGGAAUCCUUUGGGAAUGCAAAGACAGUGAAAAAUGACAACUCUUCCCGCUUCGGCAAGUUCAUUAGGAUUAACUUCGAUGUUACUGGUUAUAUUGUUGGGGCCAACAUUGAGACAUACUUGUUGGAAAAGUCUCGCGCUGUUCGUCAGGCUAAAGAUGAGCGGACGUUUCAUAUCUUCUAUCAACUACUGGCUGGAGCAGGAGAGCACCUGAAGUCUGAUUUGCUGCUUGAAGGAUUUAACAAUUACAGAUUUUUAUCUAAUGGCUACAUCCCUAUUCCUGGGCAACAAGACAAGGAUAACUUCCAGGAGACUAUGGAAGCCAUGCAUAUCAUGGGAUUUUCGCAUGAUGAGAUCUUGUCAAUGCUGAAAGUGGUGUCUUCAGUGCUACAGUUUGGAAAUAUUUCCUUUAAGAAGGAGAGAAAUACUGAUCAAGCUUCUAUGCCAGAGAAUACUGUCGCACAGAAGCUCUGCCAUCUGCUGGGAAUGAACGUCAUGGAGUUCACCCGGGCCAUUCUGACACCGCGCAUCAAAGUUGGCAGAGACUACGUUCAGAAGGCCCAGACCAAAGAACAAGCAGACUUUGCAGUGGAAGCUUUGGCAAAGGCCACCUACGAACGCCUCUUCCGCUGGCUCGUUCACCGCAUUAAUAAAGCUUUGGACAGGACCAAACGACAGGGAGCGUCUUUUAUUGGAAUUCUGGAUAUUGCCGGAUUUGAAAUCUUCGAGCUGAACUCCUUUGAGCAACUCUGCAUUAACUACACCAACGAGAAGCUUCAGCAGUUAUUUAACCACACAAUGUUUAUCCUGGAGCAAGAAGAGUACCAACGAGAGGGCAUAGAGUGGAAUUUCAUUGACUUUGGACUGGAUCUGCAGCCUUGCAUUGACUUAAUCGAAAGACCUGCAAAUCCUCCUGGCGUGUUAGCGUUACUGGAUGAAGAAUGCUGGUUCCCUAAAGCUACUGACAAGACAUUUGUGGAAAAAUUGGUCCAAGAGCAAGGAACCCACUCCAAGUUCCAAAAGCCAAGACAGCUGAAGGACAAAGCAGACUUCUGCAUUAUUCACUAUGCAGGGAAGGUGGACUACAAGGCAGACGAGUGGCUGAUGAAGAAUAUGGACCCCCUGAACGACAAUGUGGCUACGCUCUUGCACCAGUCUUCUGACAAAUUUGUUGCAGAGCUUUGGAAGGAUGAGAUUCAGAAUAUUCAGAGAGCCUGUUUCUAUGACAAUAUUACUGGUCUUCAUGAUCCACCAGUGGAUCGGAUUGUGGGUCUGGAUCAGGUCACUGGAAUAACAGAGACAGCCUUUGGCUCCGCGUACAAGACCAAGAAGGGCAUGUUUCGGACUGUCGGCCAGCUGUACAAAGAGUCUCUCACCAAGCUGAUGGCAACGCUCCGAAACACUAAUCCCAAUUUUGUUCGCUGCAUCAUUCCAAACCAUGAAAAGAGGGCUGGAAAAUUGGAUCCACAUCUGGUUCUUGAUCAGCUUCGUUGCAACGGUGUUUUGGAAGGAAUAAGGAUUUGUCGACAGGGAUUUCCAAACAGGAUAGUGUUCCAGGAAUUCAGACAGAGGUAUGAGAUCCUUACUCCCAAUGCAAUUCCAAAAGGUUUUAUGGAUGGUAAACAAGCUUGUGAGCGUAUGAUCAGAGCCUUAGAGCUGGACCCCAACUUAUACAGAAUUGGACAGAGCAAGAUCUUUUUCCGAGCUGGUGUCUUGGCACACUUAGAAGAAGAACGAGAUCUGAAGAUCACAGACAUCAUUAUCUUCUUCCAAGCAGUCUGUAGAGGAUACCUGGCUAGGAAGGCCUUUGCAAAGAAACAGCAGCAGCUGAGUGCACUGAAAAUCCUGCAGAGGAAUUGUGCUGCGUAUUUAAAGCUUAGGCACUGGCAGUGGUGGAGGGUCUUCACGAAGGUGAAGCCUCUUCUUCAAGUCACUCGUCAAGAAGAAGAACUUCAAGCCAAGGACGAGGAGCUAAUGAAGGUGAAAGAAAAACAGACAAAAGUGGAGGCAGAACUUGAGGAAAUGGAGAGGAAACAUCAACAGCUUCUAGAAGAGAAGAACAUUCUUGCAGAGCAGCUACAGGCUGAGACAGAGCUCUUUGCAGAAGCCGAGGAGAUGAGGGCUCGCUUGGCUGCCAAAAAACAAGAGUUGGAAGAAAUUCUCCAUGAUUUGGAGUCCAGGGUUGAGGAGGAAGAGGAAAGAAACCAAAUAUUGCAGAAUGAGAAAAAGAAAAUGCAGGGCCAUAUUCAGGACCUAGAGGAACAGCUUGAUGAGGAGGAGGGAGCUCGACAGAAGUUGCAGCUUGAAAAAGUGACAGCUGAAGCUAAGAUCAAGAAGAUGGAGGAGGAGAUCCUGCUGCUGGAGGACCAAAAUUCCAAAUUUUUGAAGGAAAAGAAGCUGAUGGAGGAUCGAAUUGCUGAAUGUACUUCUCAGCUGGCUGAAGAAGAAGAAAAGGCCAAAAACUUGGCCAAACUCAAGAACAAGCAGGAAAUGAUGAUCACUGAUUUGGAAGAGCGCUUAAAAAAGGAGGAGAAGACCCGUCAAGAAUUAGAAAAAGCUAAAAGAAAACUUGAUGGUGAAACAACAGACCUACAGGACCAAAUAGCUGAGCUGCAAGCCCAGAUUGAAGAACUGAAGAUCCAGCUGGCCAAGAAGGAGGAAGAACUGCAGGCUGCUCUUGCUAGAGGGGAUGAAGAAGCAGUUCAGAAAAACAACGCACUGAAAGUGAUAAGAGAGUUGCAGGCUCAAAUUGCAGAACUUCAGGAGGAUCUUGAAUCUGAGAAGGCGUCACGCAACAAGGCAGAAAAGCAGAAAAGAGAUUUAAGUGAAGAGUUGGAGGCUUUAAAAACUGAACUGGAAGAUACCUUGGAUACCACUGCAGCACAGCAAGAGCUGAGGACAAAGCGUGAGCAGGAGGUGGCUGAACUGAAGAAAGCAAUUGAAGAGGAAACCAAAAACCAUGAAGCACAGAUCCAGGAGAUCAGGCAGAGGCAUGCUACUGCCCUGGAAGAGCUCUCUGAACAACUGGAACAGGCCAAAAGGUUCAAAGCAAAUCUUGAAAAAAACAAGCAAGGCCUAGAGUCUGACAACAAGGAGUUAGCCUGUGAAGUGAAGGUACUGCAGCAGGUCAAGGCAGAAUCUGAACAUAAGAGGAAGAAGCUUGAUGCUCAGGUACAAGAGCUGACCGCUAAGGUCACAGAAGGAGAAAGACUGAGGGUGGAACUGGCGGAGAAAGCCAACAAGCUGCAGAACGAGUUGGACAAUGUCUCAAGUCUCCUGGAGGAAGCAGAGAAGAAAGGCAUCAAGUUUGCCAAGGAUGCGGCUAGUCUGGAAUCUCAGCUCCAGGAUACCCAGGAGCUGCUUCAGGAAGAAACCCGCCAGAAACUCAACCUGAGCAGUAGGAUUAGGCAGCUGGAAGAGGAGAAGAACAACCUGCAAGAACAGCAGGAAGAAGAGGAGGAGGCCAGAAAGAACUUGGAGAAACAGAUGCUCGCCUUGCAGUCGCAGUUGGCUGAUGCUAAGAAAAAGGUAGAUGACGACUUGGGAACCAUUGAAGGCUUGGAGGAAGGUAAGAAGAAAUUAUUGAAAGACAUGGAGUCUUUGAGCCAACGUCUAGAGGAGAAGGCAAUGGCUUACGACAAGCUGGAGAAGACAAAGAAUCGCCUGCAGCAAGAACUGGAUGACUUGAUGGUAGAUCUAGAUCAUCAGCGCCAGAUUGUUUCUAACUUGGAGAAAAAGCAGAAGAAGUUUGAUCAGAUGCUGGCAGAAGAAAAGAACAUUUCUGCCAGAUAUGCAGAGGAAAGAGAUCGUGCUGAAGCAGAAGCAAGGGAGAAGGAAACCAAAGCACUGUCUCUGGCUCGGGCUUUGGAAGAAGCCCUGGAAGCUAAGGAGGAAUUUGAAAGACAGAACAAGCAGUUGCGUGCGGAUAUGGAAGACUUAAUGAGCUCUAAAGAUGAUGUGGGCAAAAACGUUCAUGAACUGGAGAAGUCCAAGAGAACUCUAGAGCAACAGGUUGAAGAGAUGAGGACUCAGCUUGAGGAACUGGAAGAUGAACUGCAGGCCACAGAAGAUGCCAAGCUUCGUUUGGAGGUGAACAUGCAAGCUAUGAAAGCCCAGUUUGAGAGAGAUCUGCAAGCCAGAGAUGAACAGAACGAAGAGAAAAAGAGGAUGCUGGUUAAACAAGUGCGAGAGCUGGAGGCAGAGCUGGAAGAUGAGCGCAAACAGAAGGCUCUUGCUGUGGCAGCCAAGAAGAAAAUGGAGAUGGAUCUGAAAGACCUGGAAAGUCAGAUAGAAGCUGCAAACAAGGCUCGGGACGAAGCAAUCAAACAGCUACGUAAGCUCCAGGCUCAGAUGAAAGACUACCAGCGGGAGCUGGAAGAAGCCCGUGCAUCCAGAGAUGAGAUCUUUGCACAGUCCAAAGAGAGUGAAAAGAAGCUCAAAAGUCUUGAAGCAGAAAUACUCCAGCUCCAAGAGGAGUUUGCUGCGUCUGAAAGAGCCCGUCGUCAUGCCGAGCAAGAAAGGGAUGAGCUGGCUGAUGAGAUUGCAAACAGUGCUUCAGGAAAGUCAGCGCUGCUGGACGAGAAGCGCCGGCUGGAAGCUCGUAUUGCACAGCUGGAGGAAGAGCUGGAGGAAGAGCAGAGCAACAUGGAGCUUCUCAACGAGCGGUUCCGAAAGACCACGCUGCAGGUGGACACGCUGAAUUCCGAGCUAGCCGGGGAGCGGAGUGCUGCCCAGAAGAGUGAAAAUGCACGGCAGCAGCUGGAAAGGCAGAACAAAGAGCUGAAAGCCAAGCUGCAGGAACUGGAGGGAUCUGUGAAGUCCAAGUUCAAGGCAACAAUUUCUACUCUAGAAGCCAAGAUUGCACAGCUAGAAGAACAGCUUGAGCAGGAAGCCAAAAGCAUUGCAGCUGCUAACAAAUUGGUGCGUCGUACAGAGAAGAAAUUGAAGGAAGUCUUCAUGCAGGUGGAGGAUGAGCGUCGACAUGCAGACCAGUACAAGGAGCAGAUGGAAAAGGCAAAUGCCAGGAUGAAGCAGCUCAAACGGCAGCUGGAGGAGGCUGAAGAAGAAGCCACACGUGCAAAUGCUUCCCGGCGUAAACUUCAGCGCGAGCUGGACGAUGCCACGGAGGCCAACGAGGGUCUGAGCCGCGAGGUCAGCACCCUGAAGAACAGGCUAAGGAGGGGCGGCCCCAUCACCUUCUCCUCCAGCCGAUCCGGGAGGCGUCAGCUGCACAUCGAAGGGGCCUCUCUGGAGCUCUCGGACGACGACGCGGAGAGCAAAGGCAGCGACGUGAACGAAGCGCCGGCGGCCCCCGCCGAGUAGAGCCCCUCACACCGUUUGCAUGCAGAGACCUUGUCACGACAGUCAGCAGGAGGAGGAGGAACUUUCCUGACCACCCAACUGCCUUGUGGCCCUCAAUCUGCCUUACGGAACGUCGGCACGCUACAAGGUCACUUGUCAUAGGUCAACGAUGUCUUAAGGCUCUCCAGCCUCACCAUACCGUUCCCUGCUUCCCAUGUAGGUACAACUGCUUUUUUAUAUGUAGUAAACAAAUGGGAUCGUCUCUGUUCAGUGCAUCUAUUUUCCAGAUACUCAUUGUAAAGCCAUUUUAUAAAGCAUCAUGUGAAGGAUGAAACUUUUUUU